AAGGUUGGUAGCUUUCAACGUAUUCAUUUUGUGUUGUUUUUGCGUAAAACGUCAAAUUGGUGUGUUCUUGUUGGAAUAAUUGGAAUAAAUCGUAAUUAACGGUGUGAUAAAUAAUCGAGGAAUCAUUUCUACAAAUCAUUCCAGCGUAACAGACAAAUUGAGUUGCUUUAGUCAUGCCGUUACAUAGAUAUACUCAUGCUAUUUUAUGUAGAAUCCCUCUUUCUCUGCGAACGAGAGGGGAGGUCACGCUUGACGAGGCUAGAAAGCAACAUUUAGCUUUAGCGCAAUUAUUACGAGAACUUGAUAUUGACGUGGUUGAGAUGCCUCCAGACGAAAAUUCACCUCUAUGUGUUUUCGUUGAGGAUAUUGCGGUUGUUUGCAAUGGUAUUGCACUCAUCGCUCGACCAACCGAACCAUCUCGUUUAAAAGAGAUUGAUACUAUUAGAGCUGUUUUAAAAAAAGAAUUAGAAAUACCUUUAAUAGAAAUUGCAGACAAGAAUGCUCGUUUAGAUGGAGGAGAUGUUUUAUUUACAGGCCGUGAAUUUUUUGUUGGCUUGUCACAUUUUACAAACGAAGCAGGAGCACGUGCAGUUGCUGCAGCAUUUCCUGAAUAUCCUUGUGUACCUAUAAAGGUGGGUGAUGGUGGCGAAGAGGUGAUAGUGGAGAGUCUUACCUCAGCCCCUCUUCAGGUUGCAGAAUCCAAACGCUUAAAAUCAUUAGUUACCAUGGCUGGCCCUGAUGUUAUUUGUGUUGGUGCUGGCAAAGAAUGUCAGGAAGUGUUAAAAAGGAUUGAACGAGAAGCAACAUACAGUUACCAGACUUUAACAGUACCUGAAGAUGCUGCUGCAAAUGUUCUAUAUGUCAAUGGAACUCUCAUUCAUCGGUCAGAGGAUGAAAUCCCACAAUCAAGUAAGGUUUUUAUGGAAAAAGUAGAAUUUCCAACUAGAUCAUUACCCAUGUCUGAAUUAGCAAAAGUCAGUUCUGGUUUAUCUUCUUGUUGUUUAUUAGUCCGCAGACCGAGACAUAUUCGUAGUAUUUAAAAAAAAAAAAAAAAAGAAAGAAAGAAAGAAAAACAGAAAGAAAUUAAUAACAUGAUAUAUAAUCUCAAUGAAGUACCCUGUAUUUUAACAAGUAAAAAGAAACUUUCUUUAAGGGGCUGAACACGUAUUAAUUUUAUUAAAGAAAGUUGAUCUAUCACUAUAGCUUUUAUAUCAUUUUGAUAUCUGGAUGUAUAAAUUUAACAAGUAUAAAAAAAAUUAAUAUAAUAUAUUUAAGUUUUAAAUGUAAAGAAAGAGUUAAUAUAUAUAUUGAUGUGUUUAAAGUAAAAAUACUAGUUUAUAUUACUAAUAGAAUUAUUUUGUAUAUUUUUUUGCACUUGCCAUUGAGAUAUUUUUACUACUUUCUAUUUUUCAAUUUUAUUACAGUAUUUAUACCAUUACGUAAAAUCUUGUUAUAUUGUAGCAGUACCAUGACAUCUACUUUUGUUAUUUUAAUUAGUAUCAUUUCUUAUUUGUAUUUUUUUUACAAAAUAAUUAUAUUCAUUUAAUCUUUCAUUUUGCAUUUAAAUGAUAUAAAGGACAGUAUUGUGGUAAUAAAUAUUGCACAAUGUUUUUAUUAUGCAUAAGGGGUUAGAAUAAAGACUCUUUUAAUAUUAUAAUAUUCGAGCAAAAUCAAACUUUUACACUUGAUAUGAACUAGUAUUUUAUAUUCGGACAUUUUGCAGAAUAUUUAGGACGUUUAUAAAACAAAAUGAUUUCCUUUUUUCGACAAUAUUCUGACUCCCAUAAAUGCAUUUACAACUAGUCGUUAAAACGUGUUCACAAAUUAUGCAAUCAGAAACUCUAUAUACUUAGUAAUAAAAAGUAUCCACGAUAUUAUCAGCUAGAUUUAUAUACACAUCUUUUAAAAUAUACAAAGAGAUACAGUACAUAUAUUAUUGUGUAGCUAUGUUAUUUGAAAGUAAAUUUCUUAGAAAAUCCAUUUAUUCAUUGAAAAUAUUUGAAAUACGUUUUAAGAUUCUUCAGCUGUUUUCUAUAUAUAGAUUCUCUUAUACAUAUUAUAUAUAUAAAUUUUGCCGAUUAAUUAUAUAUAUAUAUAUAUAUAAAUUUGGCCGAUUAGUUCUAAUACAGCAUCUAUGUUACAUUUACAAACACGUAUCAUACAAUAGUACUGAUGAUUAAGAAUAAAAAAUUCAUAUUGCAUUAAUAUAAUAUAAUCUAGGCUUCACAAUAAAGGCACUGAGCUUAAGGUCCUAUACACUAAAAUUCAUUCUGCUCUCUCAUAGUAUUAUAUUAUUUUAUAUUUUACAAGAUAGUUAACAUCAUACAAUACGAAAAUAUCAUAAUUAAUAAUAUACGAAACUAUUAUUAAUCUCCUUGCUUUUUUAUAUGUGUAAUAACGUUAAGUAUGAUAUUAUGGCUUGUAUAUUUUAUCUUUUUUUACAUAUUGUCUGUGCACAAGAAAAAGACACAAAUAUAAAAUUAAUUUUUGUCAGUGGAGUGCUUCCCAUUCUUAAGUGUUACAUAAUGAUAUAAUCAUAAAAUGUUUUUCGAUAUAAGGAGCUUCGUAUAUUAUCAAUUGCUUUAUAACACACACAAAUUUAAUUACAAAAUUUGAAUAACAUAUAAAUAGAUUUAUCUUAUCUCUACUUUAUGUAUAAUUUUCUCUUGAAGAAUAAUGUUAAAAUGUAGAAAUGAUAAUGUAGAAUUCUGAAUUCUUUGUAAAAUCUAAUCCUUCUAAAACAAUGAUUCUCGUAAAUAUGUAAAAAAAAAAGAUGACAAAGUCAAUAAUAAAAAGAAUGAUAAAUACACAAUGAGAUAAUUAUUUAUUACAAUUAUUAUCUCAUUCUUGUAAAUCGUAUUAAAUAUAUACAUACGAACUAAAAAUAAAAUUUUAUCCAUAUAAUGUAUUUAGUAUCAGCAUAAAAAUCAUUUAAAAAAUACGAUAACGAUAUUAUGUUUUUAUCUGUACGCAUACAAAAAGAAAUGUUCAAUAUUCUAAAAUUAGAUGUCUUCUUCCUAUUCAAUGAUUUCACUAUACUUACAUACAUAACUCGUCAUUUAAUAUAAUGCUAUCAUGUUAUACAAUAUCUCACUUGGUUUUUUUUCUUCUUUUUUUUUUGUUUACGGACUUUUUUGUUAUGUAUUCAAGAAUAGAAAGUUAAAACAGAUGUAUGAUUUCCUCGGACAAGUAAAAAUGGUGGCAUGUCACGUGUAAGAGAUUCAAGCCACGCCAUAUAAAGAGGUGCAGAUACGGCACCUUUCCGUGGCAUUGGCAAUGUCCUAUAUACGAAUAAAUAUAUACGUAUAUAUAAUAAAUUAAAAAUAUAUAUAUAUAUAUAUAAUUUAUAUUAGAACAGGAAAAGGAAAGUAUGUUUACUUACAUAACAAUUAAAUUCGCUUCCAUAGAAUUUUCAAGUAAUAAUUCUCGUAAUCGGAGAUGUCUAUUUGUUUUUUCUUUCAUCGCAAUAAGUUCAGAUUCUCUUAUAAUACCUAAAAAAUGCAAAAAAAAGAAAUAAUUCUAUAAAAUUUAUAUACACGUAACUUUAAUUGUGCGACGAAAGAAUGAAAGAAAAAGAGAGUCAAAAAAACAAUACCAUCGUCGGAAUCUUUAGUAUUAUCGCAUUGUUGAAAAUGGGCGAUCAAUGAAUCAAAGAAAUUUUUCGUACUGCUUUGAGCUGGUUUUGAUAUAUCUGGUAUUACUUUCAAAGCCGAAUAAUCUAUCCGAAAUUUCGAUAAAAGACUAGCCAUACUGAAAUAAUUUUCGAUUAUAUAUAUAACAAUCGUUUUUAUCGUAUAGAAAAGUAAUAAUACAAGAGAUGUUUUGAGAAAACAUACUUUCUUUGUUCAUACUCGAGCUCAGAAUGUUUAUUUGCAAGAGCAAAAACUCUUAAUUUGCUAUUUGACCAAUUGCGUCUCGUACUAAUAAUAUAAGGUAAUAAAAGUGUUAAACCACCAUCAUCAUAUAACCACCACACAUCUAUCGUGCCUUUUUUUUGUUUUUUUUGGAAUUUGGUAACAGCAUUAAAUAUUUCCUUUGCUAUGGGAGUUAUGUUUUGUCUAUUUUCACGCUGUUGUUCAUUUGCAAGCGGAUUUGGAUAUUCGUUAACUACUUUCGAACGUUUCGGAGCAGGACUUCCUGGUAUUGAAAUGUCUGAAGUACUACUGGCUACAAGAAGGGAGGAAAUAAUGAUAUUAUUAUCAUACAUUAUAGAAUAUAAUAGCAUGCGGAUUAAUGUGAUUAGAUACCUUGACUAAGUUGAGAGAAACUUUGAUUUGCUGGUAUCACAGUAGGUACAAAUCUUUUUUGUUCCUCAACUUCCGUUAUAACUCCACUGCUGUCUAAUCCUUCUUGAAUUCGUAAAAGAGCUACGGCUAUGUGCAUAUCUAAUGCUUUGCUAUGAAAAUGACAUGAUUAUGACGAUCGUAAAUUUUUUUUAUAUCCAAGUACAAAGACAUUUCAAUUUACUUACUGCAUGAUGUUAAAGUACAUAUUCAAAUUCUCCCGUGAACAGCACGCCCAGUCUUGUUUAUAACCCAUCAAUAAAAUAUUAGGUUUCAUUUUUCCCAAACCAGCGGCUUGCAAAAGAGAAGUAGUACCGUCUUGAAAAUUGGCGCCAUCAACCACAGAAUAAAACGCUUUUAUUUUAUUCGCUCUAAACCACGAAGUACAUUUCGCUAUCAUGUUAUUUCGUGUUUUGUACGAUAUUGAUGUCUAAGAGAUACGUUAUAUGUAAAGGAUUAAUCAAAUUUAUAAAACAGUAUGUGAACAUUUCUUCGUUAAUAAAUUGUAAUUAUUAAUUA